AUGUCGUACCCAGUUCACCGCCCAGUCGCUCCGACAACGACCACCUCCUCGAUUGUCGAAUACAUCUGCCUCUACACGCACGAUCUUAAGCGCAAAACGAAACGAUGGCAGGAUGGCAAGCUCAACUUUCACGCCUUCAAUAACCGGAUCAUGGUAUACGAUGAACGAGGCGGCAAUGUGGGCGACGCACAUUUGUCCUCCUAUCAGACCUUAGACGAGGGGGAGGAAAUCAACCUCGAUCGAGGCGGGGCUAUUGUGCAAGUCUGUGAAAGGCUCGGCGCGGUGGAAGUUGACCUCGGGGAACUGGUAGACAAACGAGCACGCGAGGUUGAGAAGAGGAGGAAAGAAGCUGCGACGAAAGCGCCGGCUGCCACAAGAACCCCCCAGCAGACGCCGGGGACUGAGCGAUCAAGCGGUGGCAAUGUGCACUUUCAGCUGCUUCAGAGGCCACUGGGCGAGAUUGUGCAAACCCCCGGUCGCAUCGGGCGAGCGAACAUUCCGAAAGAAUCGCCGUUUGAGAAGAGAUUACAACGCGAGCGAGAGGAAGCGCCGCCGCCGGCAAAGAGGAGGAGGAGAAGUCCGAGUCCACCGAGCAAAUCGAGUCAUGCGACAUCGCUAUUCGGCACGUCUUUGACGCUUUCGGCUCGGCCAAUUAGUACGUGGAGUGGUCGCGGACGCGGCCUUGCGAGCAAGACAAAUACCGAGCCGCUCGAAAUAGAGGAUGACGAGGACGGCGUUGCUGAUGAGGCACGCGAGCGAUCGCGGCAAAAGGAAGCCCGGAAGCUCAAGGACCAACCAAGCAAACCCCAGACACCCAUCUCCCGAGAGCAAGGGGCAGCAAAUUCCGCGAAGUUGACCGAAGCGCAGCCACCCGCGAAGGUGGUCGACGUCGAUGACACUGCGGAGCCUCAUGGCCAAGACCCUAUGCCGACACCUAGGCGCAAAGCUCCGAAAAUCCCACCUGCUAUACGUAAGGAUGCUGCGGAGGAGAAGGAAGCCAGCAAGGCUGCAGUCAAAGUUAAUAAGAGGCAUCAAGUUGCUGUGGACCGGAUUGAGCAUCAGUCGGUGGAAGAGCAGUUCCCGAAGCCCGAUCCCCAGCCUCGGACUGAGCUUCGCAUCAAGUCGCGGAAAAGGAGAGGUUUGCUCAUGCUUUCUAAUUACAAUGACCAUCCGAACCCCUACGACAAUCCCGUAUGCGAGGCCCAAGUCAAGACUCGUCCAUCAGAGGCUGGAAAUACCGAAACCUCACUACAGGCAGCAUCCAUCUCAAACGAGGAAAUGGAGGUCGAGCGAGCUGAGAAUGUGAAAGCAGUUGAAGAAGUGUCCGCUGAUCACCCUGUAAUGGACGUGGAUGCCGUUGUCGAUUGCCCUAAAGGUGAUGCUGCAAGUCAUUCAUCCAAUGAGACAAGGGAGCCCACGCCUGACGAAGAACAUGUCGGCUUUGAGCAGUGGUUAUCCAAGGCGCAAUCCGCAGAGGUCGAAGAAGAAUCUGAUGGAGAUCAGGGGCUCUCUUUCAGCCACAAUCCGAUUGACAGAGACGUCACAGUGUCGCCUGCGCGGAAUCUCACAGAACCCCAAGCAAGACAGACGACAGCUGAAUCGCCACUAUUUGUCCAGGCGCCGGAUCCUGAGCCUCGGUUCUCGUACCACAAGACUGGCAAUGAUGUAAACAAAGACCGGCCAGCCAAGCGCAGAAAUCCAUACAGCAUGGUGAGCGAGAGCAAGAGCGAGAGCGAGAGUGACGCGCCAACUACGCGCAAACGGCCACAACGCCCAAAAUCCAAAAUCACAGCCGAAGAAAGCAAGGCCAAGCCAUCAGACUUGCCGAGUGACGCCUCCCAGACUGAGGAUGACUGGCUGGGUCCGCCUCCUGAUCCUUUGCGAAGCAAACAGACGCGACCCAAGGAGGUUACCCGAGGCAACAGAACGACGACCAAAGUCCGCGUCUCGCGUGUGAGCAAAAGUUCAAAAAGCAAGGAACUCAUUGGUUUCAAGUUGCCAGACAUUUUGCACUCGAUCCCGGACGCCUUGGCUUCUGCAGCUACCCGGAUAGGAUGCACCUCGAAGCAGGCGAGUGUGCCGCACGGCUUCAGCACGGCAGCAGACGCCCUCGCAGCAGAGGACACUGGCAAGGACCAGCCGGCUGCCUACUCACAUUGCUACGAUGCUGUUGAUGCUGCCGAUAGUGUCUCAUGCGACGACCCGCCAAAGGCUGCAGGUACACUUCGUCUCGCUAAUCCUGCGACUCGUGGUCGGAAAGCGGCCACCAAGAAUGAUGCGGUGGGUAGACCGCCCCAGGUGCUGGUGCCUUAUGAGCCCGUUGUCGCGGGUCGGCCGCCACGGUCGCAGAGAGCUGCGAGGCCACCACUGACCAACACGAACACAGAAGCAGCGGCGUCUCCCACCUCCAGGCCGAUAGCUGACGACGAAAGCCUGGUUACUGGCAAACAGCAUGGCUCAUUCGAAUUUACAGGUAUCGUCGGCCAGGCGUCCUAUGGCUACGAAGGCGAAGAGCAAGACGUCCUCGUAAAGCAGCAGCGUGAUCCCCACCGUUCGACCCAGGCGGGUAGUCAGUACUUCUGA